AUGAACUCCAAAUUUGUCACCGAGAAAUACCGUUACACGUAUGCUACAACCUUCCGGGGCGAGUCGACCAUUACAGAUGGUAUCAUGAAGUUCGAUUGCGACACCCAGGAGUCCAGUCUUUGGGCGCGUCAGGGUCACUCGCCCGGCGCGCCGAUUUUCGUCGCUGACCCAGAUGGCGUGAGCGAAGAUGACGGCGUCCUCCUCAGUGUUGUUCUUGAUGGCAUGACUUGCAAGAGCAAUCUGCUCUGUCUAGAUGCUGGCAAGCUGGCUGAACUUGGCAGGGCGGAUGUCAAGGGUGCUGUUGUCUUCGGUUUCCAUGGAAAGCACGUUCCAGUUGUCGGUCUGCCUACUGGUGAGUACUAA